AUGCAUCGGUAUUCAUUCCCCCAUGAGCCCGUCGCUCAUUCCGACGCCAUCGUCGGCGGUACUGGCAAAUAUCGAUUCACAGUGCUGGCCGAAGGCCUACUACGCUACGAAUGGGCUGAAGAUCAUCAAUUCGAGGACCGGGCAUCAGUGUUGGCAAUCAACAGAUGCUUGCCAGUUCCUGAAUUUCGAGUGAAAGACGACGAAGAUACCAUUCAGAUCAUCACCUCCCGAUUCCACCUCACCUAUAACAAGCGGAACUUCUCCGCAAGUGGUCUUAUUGCCUCGGUCAAAGGUCACUUCGGACCUCAUUCCAGCGUCUGGCGAUAUGGAGCCCCAGCAUCGAAUCUUGGUGGCACAGCUCGCACACUGGACGAGAUUGAUGGGCGCACAGCCCUUGAGAACGGUGUCAUCUCCAGGCAGGGCUUUGCAACCUUAGAUGACUCCAAAUCGAUGCUCUUUGAUGAGAACCAAUGGGUGACCACACGGCAGCCAGGCAACCGGGUAGAUGGAUACCUCUUUGCCUAUGGACAUGACUAUCAACAAGCAAUCCAGGCAUUCUAUCGUCUUUCCGGACCUCAGCCCCUUCUCCCUCGCUGGGCACUGGGCAACUGGUGGAGUCGAUACCAUGCAUACACAUCAGAGGAAUAUCUUGAACUAAUAGGCAAAUUCGAGGAGAACGAAAUUCCACUUUCUGUUGCAGUCCUGGACAUGGACUGGCACAUUGUGGAUGACCCUCGAAUCAAAGAAGCCGGAGUGACAGGUUGGACGGGAUACACCUGGAACAAAAACCUUUUCCCCGAUCCAAAGGCCUUCAUGGCAGCCCUCCAUGAGAAGGGUCUACGCGUUGCUUUGAACGAUCAUCCUGCAGAUGGUGUUCAAAGUUAUGAAGAGCCCUACGAAGAGAUGGCGGUCGCGCUAAAUCACGACACAUCGAUGCGAGACCCUAUUCCCUUUGAUAUCACCAACAAAGCCUUCGUUGAUGCGUUCUUUGAUGUCUUGCACCGGAAAUUUGAAAAAGAAGGCCUUGACGUAUGGUGGGUGGACUGGCAACAAGGAAAGCACUCUCGAAUCCCAGGCAUCGACCCUCUCUGGGUCUUGAACCAUUACCACUUCCUGGACAGUGCACUUGACACCAAGCGGCCGCUGACUUUCUCACGGUAUGCCGGACCCGGCAGCCAUCGUUUACCCAUUGGAUUCAGUGGUGACAGCUGCAUGACUUGGGAUUCUCUCAAAUUCCAGCCCGAGUUCACAGCCACUGCUUCAAACAUUGGCUAUGGCUGGUGGAGCCAUGACAUUGGGGGCCACUUUCACGGCGAAAGAAGCGAGGAAAUGCUCAUUCGCUGGGUCCAACUUGGUGCUUUCUCGCCCAUCUUGCGACUGCAUUCAUCCAACAAUGUCUUCAGCGUGAAAGAACCGUGGAACCUUUCAGAGCCAUAUCAAUAUGUGAUGACAAGGUAUCUCAACAUUCGCCAUCGACUGGUCCCAUACCUGUACACGAUGAACGCCCGCGCAGCGAUUGAGGGCAUUCCUUUAGUCCGGCCCAUGUAUUGGGCCUACCCCGAGCGGGAAGAAGCCUACAACGUUCCCAAUCAGUAUAUGUUUGGCUCCGAGCUCAUCAUUGCUCCUGUCACUGCUCCCGUGGACGCAAGUUCUCGGAGAUCGGAGGUCAUCGCCUGGCUUCCUCCUGGUCGAUUUGUGGACCUCUCCACUGGCAUCGUGUAUGAUGGAAACCGCCGACUCCGACUUUAUCGUUCCAUCAAGAAAUAUCCAAUCUUCGCACGGGAGGGUGCCAUCAUCCCAACAGAUGGAUCUCCAGUGCUUCGGAAUGGCUGCGAGAACCCGCCUGUGAUUGAGCUCAUAGUGGUUGUUGGCGCCGAUGGUCAAUUGGAGCUCUUGGAAGAUGAUGGGAAAGGUCAAUCAGUGGAACAAGUCAAGUUCCGUCACACUCCAAUCUCCUUCCAUCAAGACAGCCACAAGUUGGUCAUCGGCCCCACACAAGGUUGUGGUCCUCCAAAAUUACAUACACGCCAGUGGAACGUACUCCUUGUCGGAUACAAGCGACAUGGACAAGUCCAAGUAUCCAUCAGUACGGGGAAUGGCACCGGAGUCAGAACAGUCCAAGUUGAGGAAGGCAACGUGGUAAACAGACGUGGUCUUGUUCUUCACUUGGGGUCGUUCCCCAGCCAUGCAGAGAUCACUGUUCAACUCGAGAAAGAUCCUGCACUUGAUGUGCAAGAUCCCGCAACUGACAUCAUCCAGUUCUUACGCGAGGCCCAGAUGAACAUGGAUUGGAAGGAUAUUAUCAACAGCAUUGUUGACGGCUCCAAGCCCAAGCUGACGCAGAUUAGCGAGUUGCAUGCUCUUCCUAUUCCUCAUCAUUUGUUAUCUCCUAUCUAUGAGAUACUCAUGGCGGACAAUCGUUUUUGUGAUCCCCGCGAAAACUAG